AUGAGAUUCAAUGCACUCCCUCGGGCUGCGGCCUGGGCUCAAUGUCGAGGCAUCUCGGGUCCAACAUUGAGAGUUCGCAGACAAUUUCAAGCACGACCCUCUCCUGUUCAUAUUUCAAAAUCCUUGAGGCAACCAUGGCACAACACCCAGCGAGUGGUUGCGUUCCACGAAGCUAAAUCUCGUCCUCAGUCCUCAACAGUGGUUGCUCAAGAUCUGGACUCACCCUCAGUUGCAACAACACCAGCACCUUAUAAACCGCCUGAGACAGGACUGCUAGCUAAGCUCCCAGCAUCUUGGGUGCCUUAUGCUGAACUUAUUCGACUUGACAAGCCCGCAGGUACUUACUACCUCUUCUUUCCAUGUCUCUUUUCCACACUCAUGGCUGCUCCAAUGGCCAUGCCAAUGGCAAGUCCGGGCUCUGUUAUUGGAACCUCACUCCUUUUCUUUUCCGGAGCCCUCAUAAUGAGAGGAGCUGGAUGUACCAUCAAUGAUCUCUGGGACCGGAACCUGGAUCCACAUGUGUCGCGAACUCGACUCCGACCGAUUGCUCGCGGCGCCAUUACUCCUUUCAAAGGACUUGUCUUUACCGGAUUUCAGCUUCUCACUGGCCUGGGAAUAUUGCUACAAUUUCCUUUACCUUGUCUGUUCUACGGUGUCCCUAGCUUGAUUUUGGUGGCCAGCUAUCCUUUGGCCAAGAGAGUCACAUAUUACCCUCAAGCAGUCCUUGGCCUGACCUUCUCAUGGGGAGCAAUCAUGGGGUUUCCGGCACUUGGAAUUGACUUGCUAUCACAUACACCUGCUCUAACUGCCGCAGUCUGUCUCUAUGCCUCCAAUAUUGCAUGGACAGUGCUGUACGACAUGAUCUAUGCUCACAUGGACAUCAAGGACGACGCCAAGGCAGGAAUCAAGAGCAUUGCGUUGAAGCAUGAUGCCGAGACUAAGCAAGUGCUUACGGGAUUGGCGGCUGCACAGAUAUCACUUCUUGCUGCAGCUGGGUAUGCAGCUGGUGCUGGGCCAGCCUUCUUUGUUGGAAGCUGUGGAGGAGCAAUGAUCACGCUUGGUCUUAUGAUCAAACGAGUCAAUCUUAAAAAUGUCAAGGAUUGCUGGUGGUGGUUCAUCAAUGGCUGCUGGAUCACUGGCGGAGUGGUCAGUUUGGGGCUGGGUGCAGACUAUGUUGUCAGAUAUCUCGAGGUAUCCAAGGAGGAUAAAUCUGAGAACUAA